AUGGUGCGGAUCAAGGAGCGAUACCUGCUGGUCAACAUCAUCUACCCUCCCGAUGCCGCCGUGUCCAGGGCUCGCGUGCCGGCUCUAGUUGCCCAGCACCAGCCGACCGUUGGGAAGCUGACGCCGCAGGCCUUGGUUAGGGCCAUCAAGGCCGAGGUGCUGCUGCUCUAUGGCGACUAUGGCGCGGGGGCUCUCGAGGGCAAUCUCUCAGUCAAAUAUCUGUCUCCAGCUACGUCCACCUUUAUCCUCAGGUGCAACAGGGCCCAUUACCAGCUGCUAUGGUCCGCAUUGACCUUCAUGGACCGGGUUCCCGUCAAGGACGGCCGGCCAUGCAUCUUCCGGGUUGUUCGUGUCAGUGGCACCAUCCGCAAGAUCGAGGAGAUCGCCGUGGAGCGAGCCCGGAAACUUAUCCUGGCGGUAAAGGCAGAGGCCAGCUCUCACCCGCAAUCUUCACUAUCUACGGAUCUUUUGGCCAAGGAUGACGCCAUGCUGGAUGUUGUCGACAGUGCCGUGAGCGACGGGGACAUGGAAGAUGGCAGUUGA